UCCUAAGGACACGCGCCUUAUCCCAAACUCAACAGAGUCUACAACGUAAGUAGGCUAUUUUACUUAUAACUCCAUUACAAAACAUUUAAAAGAGAAAGCUUAAUUCAGUGCGACAUUAACGACCAAGUUUAAACAAAAGAGUGAAAACUUGUUGGAGACAUUGAAAAGCGGCCGAGCAUCUACAGGUGUCUGAGGAGACACGAGACGGACGGAGGACCGCACGCACCAGGCGCGAGCAAAGAGAAGCGGCCCACAGGAGCAGAGUACGACCCCCGGCCCAUAAAAAGUGUCACAGAGGGAAAAAAAGAGAGUGGGAGAGAGAGAGCAAUAGAGAGAGAGAGAGAGUGCGAGAGACGAGGCCGUCCCAAGUAUGAUGUCCUACAUAAAGCAGCCCCAUUAUGCUGUGAAUGGGUUAACACUGUCCGCUUCAGGAAUGGACAUGCUCCACACCGCUGUCGGCUACCCAGCCACUCCGAGGAAGCAGCGCCGAGAGCGCACUACCUUCACACGCACCCAACUGGACAUUCUUGAAGCACUGUUUACCAAAACACGCUACCCAGACAUAUUCAUGAGAGAAGAGGUGGCUCUGAAAAUCAACCUCCCAGAGUCAAGAGUUCAGGUGUGGUUUAAGAACCGCCGUGCUAAAUGCCGUCAACAGCAACAGCAGUCCAGCGGUCAGCCCAAGCCCCGUCCCCCCAAAAAGAAGUCCUCCCCAGCACCCGAGCUGACCUCUGAUCCUGGUGCCAGCUCCUCGUUGGCAGCUGCCCCUGUCCCAGCCGUGCUCUCUAGUGCCAGUGCCGGCACUGCACCUGUUUCUGUGUGGAGUCCCACUUCUCUAUCCCCCCUUCCUGAUCCAUUGUGUGGCUCCGGCACACCCUGUGUGCAACGCCCAGCUCCCUAUCCCAUGAGCUACGGUCAGCCCUCUGCCUACAGCCAGGCCUACAGCUCCUCUCCGUAUUUCAGUGGCCUGGAUUGCAGCCCGUACCUCUCUCCCAUGACCACUCAGCUGUCAGCUAAUGGGGGUGCUCUGUCUCCCCUCAUUGUGCCCUCCAUGGGCGGCUCGCUCAGCCAGUCACCCUCCCUCUCCUCCCAAGGAUACGGCUCCACCUCACUGGGUUUCAGUUCCUUAGACUGCCUGGACUACAAGGACCAGCAGGCCUGGAAGCUCAACUUCAGCACUGUUGACUGCCUCGACCAUAAAUUCCAGGUGCUGUAGAAAGUGAGGAGGAGAAAGUUAGGAAGUGAAGAACAAGAGCAAAGGAGAAAUUGGAGAAGAAAGUGUAGAGAGAAAGAAGAAUAAAUGAAAUAGAACUAUUGCUUGAAAUUCCGGAGACAUUUUGAUAAUGAACAGGAUUGAAUCAGCAGGAUUCAUAUGAUUUCAGAGAAGAAAAGGGGUGCCCAUUUUGGAACAGGUGUUCCUUUGAAAUUCAGAUCUGCUCUGUGACUGGUUGAAAUUGAAGGGACUCCUCGAGUCUACUAAUCAGUCAUCGUUAUUAACCAUUUACCU